GGCUGCGCCACACGCGUCACGCAGCCCGCGAGAGAUAACUUCGCGAGUGUAGUGCAAAUGCUUGUGUUUAUAUGGCGCUCAUGUUACUGCGAGUGUUGUUGCUGGGAGUGGUCGCGGCGGCUGCCGACGAUGUACCGAUAACAUGGUGGUCAGGGGGGCGCGCGUCGCUGCCGUGCGUGGCGCCGCUGGCGGAGCGCCUGCAGCCCCGUAGGCCUCCGCCCCCGCUCGCCGCGGAGGACACGCCCCCUGCCAAGCCGUACCUUUGGAAGCGAGGUGAUGAGGAGAUUAGUUCAAAACGGGUAUCGGCGUCAGGGGCGCUGGAGGUGUCUCGUCGCCGGGAGGAGGGGUCCCGGCGGAGGGACGGGGAGGGUGUGUACCAGUGUCAAGUGCGGCACCACGGAGGCAUCGUGCUGGGAUAUCCCACACACCUAAAGUUUGCUUCAAUGGAGAAGCAGUUCUCAGUCCACCCUGCUAACACGACAGCCGCGAGUGGACAGCCGGUCGUCCUGUCCUGUGCCAUCAUCUCCGCGCCGCCUGCAGUCGUUUCCUGGCUGAAAGACGAUCAGCCUUUACCUGAUGAUGAAAGAUACUAUGUUCUGCAAAGCCAGCUGCUUAUUACGGAUGUGACAAGCGAAGACGCAGGAGCAUACAGAUGUGUAGCAACAAAUAUACAAAUGAACAAGAGCCGGACAAGUCACACAGGCACCUUGGAGGUGUCCACCUCUGGAGAUGAAGACCUGGAGGUGUCCUUGCUUCCAGUGACCCAGGAGACCAAUAUUCUGGCUGCUAGAGGCAGCAGGGUCGUGCUGCCUUGCCCCGUUGUCGGCUGGCCUAGACCUAGGCUGGUGUGGCAGCUGACUCCUCCUGGACAGAGGGAGAGUGAGCUGGACGUGACGCAGGAAGUGUUCGUGAUCCACAGUCUGCAGUCCGACCAGGAGGGGAACUACACCUGCUCCGUCGAGGGAAGUCCACACUUGGCUAAGAUGUUCACUGUAACCCUGACAGAGCCCGCGGAGAUCAUGAUACCUCCGUCAUCGAAGGAGGCUCUUCGGGCGAGCACCGUCCGGUUCAACUGCACGGCGGUUGGGAGACCAGCGCCCACGGUCACCUGGUACAAGGAUGGGCAGCCGCUGCAGAUGGCUGGAAGGAACAACUUAAGGAAGUCGACAGAUGGCCAACGUACCGAGUUGGUGAUCAGUGGAGUCACUUCCGAUGAUGCAGGAGUAUACCAAUGCUUCGCCCAUAACGCCAUAUCAGUGGCCUCGUCAUGGGCCAUGCUGAAUGUGACGGGGGUGGACGCCGCUGCCCCCACCAACGUGCAGUGCUGGCCCGUCGGGGACCGCAAGGUCAAAGUCACUUGGCAAAGACCCGUGGUAGGGGAGGUCGUCGCUUACACCGUCCACGGGACGCCUGAAGAGGACAAAGCUGACUCUCUACCUGGUCAUCCACUUACCAAAACUGAAGAAAUCGUCACGGUUGAUAAACCCCUGAUCCCUUACCGAUUUCAAGUCCGAGCGUACAGUCGUCUCACAGCCUUCAUCAAGAAUGUUGCCAGUGAUCUAUCGAAAGGUGCCAUUUGUCAAGGACAAGGAGUGCCGAUAAGACUAGCGAAGUUGGAGGAGGGUGGCGUGGUGGUGUCGUGGAAGCAGUUCGCGGAAGACAACCCUGGAGUGAUGCAGUGGAUCUUGCAGUACAAAAACGAGGGGGGCACGGAGCACAAUGUCACCCUGGACGGAUCUGUCUACAACUAUACUUUGGAUGUGUCUCCAUCAUCACCGAUGCUGGUGCGCGUGCUGGGCUCCCGCACGGCGACAUGGCUGCGUCAGGACCUGACGAUGGUGCCCUGGGCGUCCACCGCAGCUGCUGCGGCUGACCUCGACGCAGGAGAUGUGAUAGCAAUCCCUCAAGACAUCGAACCGACACACAUCGGCCCAAGAGAAUUCACGGUGACGUGGCGUUGCGAUGAAGCUGAUGAGAGAUACACGUACGUGGCCUGUGCUAGGAGUGAGGGCGCAGACCAGUGUCAAGACAGUGAUAUGAAGACAGCGACAUUCAAAGGGUUGGAGCCAGGGACGGAUUAUGAAGUGAGGGUCCAAGCACGAGAGGCACAUCGCGCCUUGGGAGGAGCCUUCAGCGCGCCCUAUGUCCUCAUGACCACAAAUGAAACUCCACAACGCUUCAAAGAAUUCUCCGGUCAUUUCGUGAACUCUUCAACUCUGAGGGUGUCGUGGAACGGCGCUCCAGCCAAGUACACCGUCCAUUACAGCGCUCAACUCAAGUUGCCGGUCGAGAAGUGGGCUUCAUUGGAGACUUCGAGCAAUACUGUGCUGAUCCCCGGAAUAGACCCAACGGAGACGACAUACCUGAUGGUCUUCGGAUACAACCCUGAAGAGCACAGCAGGAUUGAAACCAUUCCACCUCUGUACAAGGACUUGGAAGCCAAGGAUCUUCGGUACGAGUAUACCUCAUCAGGCGUGCGGGUGUGGUGGCAGGGCGUGGGCCCCCGCGUGGUCAGCUACGCGCAGAACAUCACGCGCCCCCUCGAGCAGUGGCGCACUGUCAACGUUACUGCUGACAGCAUUGAGAUCGAGGGUCUGGACCCCUCGUUACCUACGUACGUGAUGGUGACCUCCAACCGCCGCUCCCCUGCUCGCAGCAGCCAAGUCCUCAACAUCGCGCCACGACCGCCGAGUGACUCCAAUAUUUAUUUGGUGAUCGGCAUUGUGUUGGGCGUGUGUGUGCUCUGCGCGCUUGCCCUAGCAGCCGUCUGCUUGUGGCGGAAGAGGAAGCGGGCGCGGUCUCCUGUUAGAUCUCGGCGUAGGAAUACGGCUACCGCUGAGGGGAAUACUGAAGAAGAGUCAGAAAUGAAGAGCGUGGGCGGCGCGCGCGGCGGCAGGCUCGCCAACGGCGGCGCCGGCGCAGGCGAGCCGCUGCUCAACGGACACGUCCACAUCACUGAGAACCCCACUUCAAAAACACCAAACGGCAAGAUGAAGAAACGCCGGCAUGACGCUGCCUUCGACGUGUCUCGCUACGACCCUGACGCCACCCUGGAGACAGUCCUCGAUGCCGACACGUCCACCACCAGCUACCACCUCCUCGACACCUCCAGAAAACCAGAACUCGACCUCUCGCGGUCCCAAAACCUCACAACUAAUAAUUCCUUCGCAAAAGUACCAGACGACAACAUGAACUCAGAAUUAAAUAGAAGUAGUUUUACUGACAACAGCAAAAUUCAACCAACGUUGCAACCCAAUGGUUGAGGGUAACUACCAAUAAGGUACCAAGAACUACAAUAGGGGUAGGUGGCCCCAUGAUCGUCAAUUCAGAUAGUUAAGCAAGAAUUGAGAUUUGUACAGUUUUUUCAUAGUUGUCGUUAGACGGAGUUUAAACGUUAUACGAAUAUUUUAAGAGGGUAAGAGUGACAGAGGCUUGGAUGGAGGAUAGCUUAGCGUGUUGUUCCUAUAGACUUUAUUUGAAUAAGGCUGAUUUUUUGGUAACAAUAGUACGGGUAAUAUGGAGUUAUAAGGGAUCAGGCAGGAUAUAUUGACAUCCACGUUAAGUUAUUCUCGAGCCGUUGCCGGUUACGUCGACUUUACUACUGGACACCUUAAUAUAAAUUGAUACAUCAUUAUCAUCAUCAGCCGU